UCAAAAUGGCGGCUCGUGAACAGAUCUCGUUCAGAUCAAAGCCUUCUUCUAUCCUUACCUGAGCUCAGAAUUUUAUAUAUUUCGUAAAGAGAAAUACUUGAAAUGGAGCUUAAGGCAUUUGUGGAGAAAUGUAAAGAUGAAGGGCAUUUCAUAGAGAUUUUUAACAGUGGAAAUCACGACAGACUCUGUUGGAAUGGCGGUGCGAAACAAGAAGACUUGGCAAUUUCUUUGUCCCAUCACUAUGACAGGAUGGCGGCUGAUGACCAAUUUGAAGCCAGCAUCGAAAAGACGUGGACUGAUCUUAAGGAGAAAAAUCCCUUCCUUUUCAACGGUUCUAAAUUUCGUCUUCAUGGCGUAAGGAACGAAGCCGGAGAUUCACUGUCUCUUCUGUUAGGACAGACUUGUUAUAGAGAUUAUGUUUGUACAAACAUGAACGACAAGCAUUGGGGAUUUUUAAGAGACUAUGGCAAACGUGAAUACGCCAACGAACAUGCAUGUUUUUCUGAUGCAUUGGGUGUUGGUUCUGUCGUGGAAACAAGUGACAGUAAGUUAAUUUUUAUUAGAAGAAGCCAUCAAGUUUAUGAAGAUCCAGGUCAUUUAGAUACUCCAGGAGGACACGCAGAACCCAGUGAAGUUAAAAAGACAAAUAAACAAACUGUGAACAAAAAUGUGGUUGAUAUUGAAGAUAUGGAUGGCAAGGCAGUGGUGUACGAGUUGUUUCAUUCUAUUGUGCGAGAAGUCAGAGAUGAAGUCAAUAUUCCAGAAGAAUACAUCAGUUGGCCACUUUUGACUGGAAUUUACCGCAAUCACCGCACUGGACAGAAACCUGGGGCUUGUUUUAGGAUCAGAUGCUCUCUCAAAGGCGAGGAAAUCCAUGAGUUUUAUCACAAGGGUGGACCAGAGGCAUAUGAAUCAUCCCAGCUGCUGUUGGUGGACUUAGCUGAAUUCCAGAGGGGCAUGGCGUCUUCUCAAGUCAAGGAGUUGUUCAAGGAUCUCACUCCAGGAUGUAAAGCAUGUCUGUAUUUUUACUUCAACCUACAAACUAACUUUACUGUAUGAAAAGCCCCGCGCAGAAAGUAUUCUGGAAGAUUAGCAGGCACUACACUUUCGUAAUGAAGGCUAUUAGUGGGACAUGCAACACUGAAGGCGAAAUUACUAAUUUUGACAAUGAAUUUAAGAAAGAC